AUGUCUAACUGUACCAUUGCCCCCCGCUCGAGCAGACUUCGAAAAGAGAGUCGCAGUGCUCCGCUCCGGCUCACUCUUGACGAGGUUAAGGUAGGCAACCACCGACACGCGGCAGCUUCCACUCGUCCUUCUGCUUUCCAACGUCGUCGACGGGAGACAUGGUCGCGUCCGCCACCACCGCCUUCUCACGCCUACAAGUCCCGCCGCACCGCAGUAAUCCUCUGCGCAGAGUCCGGAGACCCUGACCUAGCCCAGGACAUCCCGCCCGCAGGCCUGGCGUCCCCGACGGGCUUCGCGCUGGGCGACAAUCCGAUCAACGCGUUUGCGACCCUAUCCGACAGCGCCGACGAAUAUGCGCGCGGCGGCGCGUACGCCAUCCGGAACCCGGCCGGGCAACUGUGUUACAUGGGCUACUCGAAGAACAUCGCCGCGAAGCUCGCCUUCCACGAGCGCCUGGUGCCGGAGCAGUGCGCCACGUUCCAGGUCUACGUCCCGCCGGUCCCAGAGGAGCUCAUCUCACCGGAUAUGCUGGAGAGCGUGCUGGAGUACUGGGUGCGCGAGAAUGGGGGCGUGCCGACGGGGAAUACCGUCGAUCGCGCGCUGUGGGAACAGGAAACCCCCGUCGAUCGAAAGGAGCCGACCGCCAAUCGCACGGGGGACGCGAUGGAGGGGGAGCGCGAGGAGGAUAUUCCCGUGCGGGAGCGGACGACGCCGCGCCGCACGAGUGUCCGUGACCGUCCCGCGGACUCGUACGAUGACAACUUUGUAGACAAUUUUCGUUCGUCUUCCGGGUCGGCGCCUCGCCGUCGUAGGAAGGACGGGAGGCGCGGGUGGGAUGACCCGGAUGACGAUUAUGUCGAAGUGGACGUCGACCCUCUUGACCCCUUUUCCGCUUCGAAUAAGAGACAGUCGACGAGAAGUGCGUGGGAUUCGCAGGGUGAGGACGACGAAUAUGAUGAGGACUGGAUUCCCAUCAUAGCGCUCAUGGGGUGCGCCGGACUUAUUUGGCUCGUUAGUAUGCUUGGAAACGCACUUCCCGCCGCGACGCCAUCCUUGGGAAUGUAAAUACACUUUAUAUGGUAUGCCGUUGUGUUUGAAAUAAGCCGCUGCAAAGUCUCAAUAACUUCAUCGGACUUAGAGCUUCUGCAGCGAGCCUACGUCUGCAUCUGGUCGGAGAUUUUUUUGCUUUUUGUAAUGCUCUUUUGCUACGGGUGGCUACGAGUAAGUUCCCUUUACAUUGGUGCCACUUGAGGGGAGCUAAUAUCGAGGCCUCUUCCUAUACAUGUUAAGUGACGGCUUCUCCCUCAAGCGCAUAUACAUUCUGUGUUUCAGUACUACAAAUUAUGAAAUAUACCCUCUAGUAUACCCU